AUGGCCAGCAAUAUUCCUAUCGAAAGUGAGCAGCCUGAGCUUGUUGGAAACAGCGUUAGGCCGACGACGAUAUGCGAGGAAGACGUGCUUUUGGCCAUCACAAGGCAGGAGCUCGAGCUAGAGCAAGCGAGACACAGUGAUAUAACCUGUCAAGUGAGGGACAUAAGAUCGAGACUCGAGGAGUUGGCACAAGACGAAGCGUCGCAGCAGGAACCUCUUAGACGAAGUCAAUCGGCAAACUGGAGAGCAGAACGUGCGGCUCGAGGAAUUACGACAAUAGUAAAUCUGGAGCAGAGUAGAUUAGAUGACGGACAAAGGCUGGGGGCUGAAGUCAUCUCGGAGCAAGGGGGACCUGCAGUUGAGUCGGCCGCUGGGGACGCCGACGGUUCGAGGCAGACCACAUUGGCGGGCUUUGGAUCACAAGGAGCAGAGACCCAAAUAGUGCCGCGGCGGACAGACCGAAACACACGAUUCAAUUUCCAGGAGUUUGUGGCACAUGAACCCGACAAGGAGCACCAGGGCGCUCUGGCGAUUGUUGCAGAAGCAGCUGCAGCGGAUGGAGGCGAGCCAAAGCGGACGAUUCGCAUCGACUUUGUUCAUGUAGAACCUGGUGGUGAUAGUUUUGUGAUCUCGGAUGUUGUGGAAGUGGACCAAGCAAACUCGGACGAUCUGGCACGGGUGAGGCGGAUUGCGAGGGACUAUAUGAGGAAGGGGUAUUAUUUGUUUGAUAAGGAGCGAAACCAAUUCAACCCAACCGAUUGUUUUCGCAAAGUUGUUGACGAUGGCACUCACAUGAUUGUGCUACAGCGAAUACUUGGUGACGAACACCAGGAAGAAGAUAGCAGUAGAGCUAAGAGACGACGCUGA